AUGUCUCAAGUCUCAGGUUUGCCUCUAGAAAUCGUACUCUGCAUCGUCGACAAGCUGGUGGAUGACCCCCGCUGCGUCCUCAAACCGUCCCACCCAACGACCAAAACCCUCCUCUCGUUCACACGGGUCUGCAGGGGAACAUACACUGUGGCGUCGAACCACCUACGGAAGCACUGCGUCUACAUAAACUCUAGACUGCGGCUGGACCAGCUUCUGUAUUGCAUCGAGGCCACCCGCGGCCGAACCAGGAGCAGUGUUGAAGACGACGACGCCAGAUCUUUAAAGCCCAUCACGGCCCUGUACCUCGCACCCUUCGACCGGAGCACCGCAAAUGAUGCAGCGAUCGUGCAUAAGAUUGCCACGCUGUUCGGCCGUGUGCACACCACGCUUACGCGCCUGGUGAUUAAUAUGCCGCUGCACAGCAUACGUUCGACCUACGCCACGGGUGGCGUGCGCCGGACGCUGCGGGAGGCCUUCCUCGCGCUCACGGCCCUCGAGGACCUGGUGAGCCUGCGCGACGAGCUGUUCCUGUACACGAUGGAAGUGGGCGAAGAGGAGAAUGAGGACAUCCCCGAGCCCGAGCCGUGGCGGGCUUGGCCGCGGUUGAAGAGGCUCGCGCUGGACAAGGUGAACGCGGACGAGAACUUUUGGAAGGCGGUGCGGGGCACGGAGGCGCUGGAACAGGUUGUGCUCACGCGGGCGGACUCUCUGGAAGAGGUGUGUAUGAAGAGAGCUUACUUGGGUCUUCACCGCGAGGGCGAGCUCCCGAGACCGUUGCGGGUCGUGCUGGUGAACGUCUCCAUGAUGCAUCCGGACCAAUUGGCUGGGGAAUCGAAUUGGGGGCAGAUCGACCCUAGCAACCUGGUGGACGUCGUGGCAUACGAUGUGCCGGUGAGCUUCUACGGUGACGAGAGCCACCCUGAGCUGUGUAGGGCAUGGGUUAAGGCGGCGGCGCUGAGGGACGAGCUCUGGAGCUGGGAGGGGACUCCGGUCGGACCAAGGCGGGUAGAUAUGUCUGCAGGCGAGGAGGGUGCGCAGGCCUCUGAGCUAUACGUCUGA